AUGUUGUAUCUAAAAAAGCUCAACAGCUUUGACAAGUACUGUCAGUACUUUGAACAGACCGGAAAGUUUGAACAAGUUGAGUUAAAAGAGCAAGUGCUGAACCAUUGUAAAGGGCUGAACAACAACAAAUCCAUGUUUUAUUGCAUAGCUAAAGAGGUGUUGCAGCAGAAAAUUGACAAAAUAAAGACAACCGUUGACUGUAUAAAAAGCUCAGCUGAUAACAUUCAAUCAUUUUUGAAUGAAUUCAAGCAAAGACUUGAAGAACACCUUGUGUUACCAAAAGAAAAGCUUGAAAACACAAGAGCUUUCAAAAAUGCUCCAGGUUUUGUGAUUAAACAGAUUCAAUUCAUUCCUGCCUUGGAAACACGCCUCCUCCAAGACAUUGAGAAAUGGGAUGUUGAGCAGACGCUGGUGAACAUUCCUAAUGACCCUUCCAAAGAGCUCUACAAAUUGUUGGCUGGUUGUGGAAAUCGCUGCCCACUUUGCCGGGUGCCCUGUGAUCACACCAAUAAUACAUAUGGGAAGCACUCAGCAACAUAUCACUGGCCUCAGGGGAUUGGGGGCUGUCACUGGAGACGGAGCAAAGAGCUGGUCACUGACAGCUGCACAGCAACAGCCACCGCAAUUUAUUUGGGCUUGCGGGCUCAGGAACGGUCCAGCCUGGAUGGCCAAAAUGAGCAUGACAAUGAACUGGCCACUCUGGUGGCUGGCUUAAGCGAUUUGAUCAUCAUAACCAUGUCCACAGAGACUGCCUCAGAAAUGAAGGACAUCCUGCAAAUUGUUGUCCAUGCCUUAAUUCGUAUGAAAGUGGUCGGGAAAAGACCCAAUUGUCAAUUUGUCCACCAAAAGGUUGGAGAUGUGUCUGCACAUCAGAAGAAUGUGGGGAGUCACAAAUCAUUGCACCAGGAGCUGAACACACUGACCAAGAUUGUCGCUAAAACUGAGGGGCAAGAUCACAAAUUCUCAAAGUUCUCUGAUAUUUUGGAUUAUGACUCCAAGAAAAACAAUUGGUACAUCCCAGGGCUAUGGUGUGGGACUCCGCCGAUGGCGCUAGUUAAUAUGGGAUACAGUCAGAAGGUGACAGAACUCAAACACAAGAUUUUGCAGCAUUUUCUCAACAGGAGACCUUCCACCAUCCCAGAGUUCAUUUCCUGGAUGACAAGUACAUGGAACGCAGUGAAACAUGAGAACUUCAUCUUCAGUUUCAGGAAUAGCUUGGUGGCACAUGCCUACAAUCGACUGUCAGAGAAGUACUCGGAUUUGGAGUGGAAGCUGAGGAGUGAGGUCCAUUCCUGGCUUCAGAAAACAAUCAAUCAAAUUGCCAACUGUGAAGGGGACCUUCAGGAAUUCAGAGGAACUUUGGAUAUUGACGUUCCAAGGAUGAUCAGUGAAGAGAAAAGUCAAAUACUGGAUGAGAUGGAGAAGUAUUUUAAGGAGGACACCAACCAGGCACAUCUGAUUGAGAAUUUUAAAGCCGAGACAGCAGCGGGUUUUGACUUACUGAGUCGAGAGCUUGAAACACGCACAAAGAUGAGAUGUGAGGAAGCAUUGAACAGGCAGAGAGACCUUAACGAAUUAAACCGCAUUUUAAGUAGUUUCAGUGAGAGAAUCCAAGAGAAGAUUGAUCUGCUCUUGGAUAAUUUGAAUCUUAAAUCGACAGAUCAAGGUGACAGUGAACUGAGUGAAACCUUUGAAACAAUAUGGAGAGAAGUCAUGGCAUCAGUACAUUUCCAGCCCACAGCAGUCAACAUCGAGGGAGACAUGGAAAAGAGCUUGAGGGAAAAUACGAGGAAGCAAGGAAGAAUACUCACAAUGAAGCUCACGUCUGGGAAGAGUCUUGUUGAGUUAAGCAACGUGGAAUGGAAGAUCACUGAGCAACAUCUGGAAACAAACAAAACAUCUUUCCUUGAUAUGUUUAAAGGAAAGUUACGUGCAGCUUAUACUAUGAUACGUUCCUUCCAUCCAAAUAAAGAAAACUUGGAAGACGAGAAUGUGGCACAAUGGGUGGAAUCUGCACGUUUACUGGAGGCGAAGAAGAAAACUCUCCAAUUGAUAUCACAAUGUGACGAUUAUGUAGAAGAGAUUGUUAAGAGAGGUGAGAGUUACAACCUGUUUCUUUGUAAUGAACUUCUGAGAGAAGUGGACAGAAAUCUACAGACACUUGAUGCGGAGACACUCAAAGUCAAUGAGCUAUUAAGCACAGAUGUGAAAAUCCAUGUGUGUGGCAAAGCCAUUCAGAGAUUUCAGGAGAUGCAUGAUCGAUUCUGUGACAAACAUAAUCCCGUGAAGAGACUAGCGAAUGAGAGACAUUAUUACUUUACAAUGUUUAAAAGCAUAUACUCUGAAAAGGACCAGAGUGAGACGUGUGCGAGAUUAUUCUGUGAUUCCUGCUUGAAGCCCGCUCUGUUGGAAGCUCUCAAACAACAACUGGGCUCGGCAAUUGUGGAUCACCUUAAAAAAGAGCAAAAGAUAGAACUUACGUCACGCAGAAACCUUCAAGUGGGGAUCAUGUUGUAUCUAAAAAAGCUCAACAGCUUUGACAAGUACUGUCAGUACUUUGAACAGACCGGAAAGUUUGAACAAGUUUGGGUAAAAGAGCAAGUGCUGAACCAUUGUAAAGGGCUGAACAACAACAAAUCCAUGUUUUAUUGCAUAGCUCAGGAGGUGCUGCAGCAGAAAAUCGACAAAAUAAAGACAACCGUUGACUGUAUAAAAAGCUCAGCUGAUACCAUUCAAUCAUUUUUGAAUGAAUUCAAACAAAGAUUUGAAGAACACCUUGUGUUACCAAAAGAAAAGCUUGAAAACACAAGAGCUUUCAAAAAGGCUCCAAGUUUUGUGAUUAAACUGAACCAAUUCAUUCCUGCCUUGGAAACACGCCUCCUCCAAGACAUUGAGAAAUGGGAUGUUGAGCAGACGCUGGUGAACCUUCCCAAUGACCCUUCCAAAGAGCUCUACAAAUUGUUGGCUGGUUGUGGAAAUCGCUGUCCACUUUGCCAGGUGCCCUGUGAUCACACCAAUAAUACACAUGGGAAGCACUCAGCAACAUAUCACUGGCCUCAGGGGAUUGGGGGCUGUCACUGGAGACGGAGCAAAGAGCUGGUCACUGACAGCUGCACAGCAACAGCCACCGCAAUUUAUUUGUACCAGAAAGAUGAAGAACGUUGGUGGCAAAGAUGUAUCCGGAAUAUACUGGAGCGAGUUUUUAAUGUGUAUUUUAUCCAAAUGCAAUGUGAGGAAUACAAUUCCUGGAACAUUCCUUUAAAUCCGGAGGCUGGGGUGCCAUCUUAUUGGAAAUGGGUCCUGUACACCUAUAACAAGGAGUUUGCAGAGAAAUACAAGGUGAAUCCUGCAAGAAAC